AUGACUACCCCUGAGAUCGAGACCCGUCUCUUCAUUGACGGAGAGUUUGUGCCUGCUCUUGAUGGUUCCACAUUUAAGGUUACGAAUCCUUUCACCGGUGAGACUGUAGCAGAAGUGUCUGAGGCCAAGGCAGAUGAUGUGAACCUAGCGGUUGAGAGUGCUAAAAGGGCCUUUCCAACCUGGUCGGGGUUAGAUGGAUCCGAACGGCGACGUCUCAUGUUGAGACUGGCUGACCUUGUUGACGAACAUGCGGCGGAAUUUGCGCGCUUGGAAGCUCUUUCGAUGGGGAAGCCUGUAUCGACCUAUAUGGAUCAAGUAAUGGGCACAGCAACACUGAGAUACUACGCCGGCAAGGCUCUGGAUAUCCACGGGGCCACGUCCCUAACUUCCAAAGACCAUCUAAACAUCUCCAUCCGGCAGCCAUACGGUGUAACUGGGGCGAUCAUUCCAUGGAAUGUCCCAGUAAUCAUGAUCUGCUUCAAGGUCGGGCCGGCUCUUAUUGCGGGUAACACACUUGUGCUCAAAUCCUCUGAAAAGGCGCCCCUGACCUCACUCCUCUUCGCUCGGCUGGCUAAGGAAGCUGGAUUUCCUCCGGGUGUCCUCAAUGUUUUAUCUGGCUUUGGUCUGCCGUGUGGGGAUGCCAUUGCUAGACACAUGGAUAUCCGAAAGAUAGCUUUCACGGGCAGCACUAGGACAGGCAAGCUUAUCCAAAAGGCUGCGGUUGACUCAAAUCUCAAGUCUUGCACACUAGAACUAGGUGGCAAAAGCCCCCUGAUCGUGUUUGAGGACGCUGAUCUGCAAAAAGCAGCAAAGGCAGCUGCGUUUUCGAUCGUUUUCAAUUCUGGUCAAGUCUGCAUGGCGUCUUCACGGGUGUAUGUUCAGGAUGCUGUUGCAGAUGAGUUUAAAACACUGUAUGCCCAGGCUAUCGAGGCGGUUGCGGGCCAGGCAGGCAACCCCCUCGAAGAAACGACGAGGUUCGGUCCCCAAGCAGAUGAACAUCAGUUCAAAAGCAUUUCCAACUAUUUGCAAAAGGCGCAGGACGAUGGUCUUCAGCGCCUGUCCAUUGAGAAAUUGACACCGCGGGACGGCGUAAACUUUGUCUCUCCGGUUGUGUUGCAAGAUGUACCGGAAGGUCAUUCUCUUAUGAAGCAGGAGAUCUUUGGGUUUGUUUUGGCCCCUUAUUCAGCCGUUUCCUGUCUUAACACUUUCAGCAGUGAACGCGACGUGAUCCGGGCGGCAAACGACUCUGAAUACGGACUUUAUGCCAGCGUAUUCACUCGAGACAUUAACCGAGCCAUACGUGUGGCGAAGUACUUUGAGGCCGGCUCGAUAGGAGUGAAUACAUCCUCACCAUAUUACUGCCAGGACUUGCCUCUUGGGGGGUUCAAGGGAUCUGGCACUGGGCGGGAGCUGGGGGAUGAAGGCCUAGAGGCAUGGACAGAGGUGAACUCUAUUUACAUUUCACUGGUCUAG